UUCACUUUGUUAUUAUGAGGUAUUGUGUGUAAACGGGUGAGAAAACCAAAUCAAUUUAAGCCAUUUUGAAUUCAGGCUUUAACACAACAAAAUUUGGAAAAGUCAAAGGGUAUGAAUACUUUCUGAAGGCACUGUAUACAGUACACAGAAUAAGCCAGGCUGCUAACUGUGAAGAAUAGUGUAUAGACACUUACUGCAGCCUCCAUUACCAACAGGUUUGACCUGUUUUAUACGAGUGCACCAUCAGUACACUACAUUCUUAUAAGACAGACCCUAAACACCCCACAUCCAUUGAUCUAAUAAGACAAGGCUGAUCAACAGCACCACUGCUGCCCUCACAGCAAUGUUCAGAGAGGUUCCAGAUUCAGAAGGAGAACAAUCAACUGUGGUCGCUGUACUUCCUGCUCUCUCCUGCUGUGCUGCUCUAACGUCACAUAGCACAGAUCAGAGCAAGGAAGUCCUCGCUAUAGAUACAUGACUCCGCUUCUCCCUCACAAGCAUUCAGAAGUUUGAGGGGCCUCAUAAGCUGUAUCUGAACUUAAAGACCCCUAUCUGGCCUGUGUGGAGCAAUGAGUCGGGCAUCAAAGUCGAGGAUGCAGGAGAACAACCUCACCAUCCUUCUGAGCAGCCAGGAGAAAGAGGCUGUGGUGGAGUUCCUGGGCCGGAGAUGUGUGACUCUGGCCACAGCCGUGGUCCAGUUGUGGAUGGCCCUGCCUCACAGUCCGUGUCAGUGGAGUCUGCAGCACACUGGGACCGUGUGCUUCGUCAAGGACAAUCCUCGACAAUCCUACUUCAUAUGCCGUUUUAACAUUAAGAUUCCACUAUUUACCCUGCUACAGUAUGCUCUUUGUGUAGAUUGUCACUUCAAACUCUGUAAUCAACAUUGGCUAUGUUAAGGACAAUACUGUAUUUAUCCAUCCAUGUAUUCAUGUUCAAUUCAUUGCAUGUUUAUGUACUGAGAAAAAACAUGAAUAACCUCAGCUGAAAUACAUGGGCGUGUCAUGAGUGUCCAAAUCAGUCUUAGCCACGUGGCUGUGCAUGUUUGUACUGUGUGUUUUGUAUAGGAGGGGAAGCAGAUAUGGGAACAAGAGCUGUACAACCAACUGACGUAC